GUCGAGUCGAGUAUCUUGGGAUCGGCAAUAAAAGCAGAAGAUAAUUCUUGUGGAGGGACUUGCAUCGACACAGACUUAGACGAUCGUGGUACCAGAACGCGACGCAGAAAGCCUGAAAGCGAAAGGGUGUACGCUCCAAGAAUCUAUCAAACACAAUUCUCAAGCUCCAAGCCUCACAUCUCGUGAAAUCUACUUGAGUGAAUGGAGAGAGUGGGGGAUCGCAUCGCUCUACAAUAAGUCUGACUUCCUCAGAUUCAACUGUACACAAUCAGCCGUUUGCUACAUUCUUCACAGCCUUCGUUUAUUUCCGAUAGAUCAUGGCGAUCUCUCACGGCAAAACUGCUGGAUCAAAUGGUCAAAUUCCUGUCAUCGAUAUAUCAGGGAGCCUUCCAGAAUCAGAAGUUGCAAAGCAGCUUGUCGACGCAGCAGCUACAUAUGGCUUUGUCUAUGUUAAGAACGAAGGGAAAGAUAUCCCUGUGAACGUGAUUGAAGAUGUCUUUCAACUGUCAAAAAGCUUUUUCAAGUCACCAAUAGAGGAGAAGAAGACCUGCACAAUACAAACAAAUAACCGAGGAUGGGUCGGUAUGCAUGCAGAGACUCUGGAUCCUAAAACACAAAGAAUGGGUGAUUUCAAAGAGGCCUUCAAUCUUGCUGAGUUCAUCAAGGGUCAGCCUCAGCAGCCUUUGCCUCCCGCGUUCGCGCCUCACGAGCAGCAGCUAGAUACUUUCCACAAAUACUGCCAUAGCCUCAUGGAAAGGAUCCUAGCUUUAUUUGCCAUUGGUAUUGAGGUUGAUCACGGAAAAGGGGGUUCAGAUUGGUUUGCCAGUCGGCAUCGAAGUGAAGAGGAAAGCUUUUGCACACUUCGACUCCUCUACUACCCGCCCAUUCCUCCAGGAACAGAUUACGAGCCAGAAGUUGACAUCAGAGCGGGAGCGCAUUCCGACUAUGGUUCAAUCACCCUCCUCUUCCAACGUCCCGGCCAGCCAGGCUUAGAGAUUAUUCCACCAUCAACCAGCGAAGAAGCACACAGUGAAAGGGAUUACAGCAAUAACGCUCCAUGGACACCAGUACCAGUCCUUCCUCCCGGUACAGAAAACGAUCCCUCACCUCCGAUCUUGGUAAACAUUGGCGAUCUUCUGAGUUACUGGACCAACAAUCUUUUCAAGAGCACAGUUCAUCGAGUUAUCUUUCCGAACCAGGGAAAGGGAGGAGGAGAAGAAAGAUACAGCAUUGCGUAUUUUGGGCAUCCUGUCGGAUCAACUGUAUUGGAGCCAGUCCCCAGUAAGAUGGUACAGGAGUUGAAUGGAGCCAAUGCCAGCGCCAGUACUGGGGUUCAUGCAAUGACUGCAGAUGAGCAUUUGAUGAGUCGCUUGAAGGCUACAUACCUUGGCAUGUAUAGCGACGGCAAGGAUACCAAGACUCAAGCAUGAUGAUGUAAACGAGCAUAUAUUAGAUGUGUACAUCAGAAGUUCCUGAAUAGAAUGCUGUCAU